CGCCCCACCCGUGCCUCCUUGCUUCCGCACGCCGCCACCCACCCACCGCCUCGUCCCUCCCACAGCUCGCCGCCGACGACCUCUCCUCUCCCAUCUGCUUCCCUCCCACAGGACGCGGAACGCCUCCUCCGCUAUCCAACGCGCCGCCAUCUCCUCCCCGAUCUAGAUCCAAUGCGUCGCCGCCUCCUCCUCGAUCCAGAUCGACACGCCGGCUCUCUCACCUUGCCGGCAGGUCCCUCCACCGUCGCCGCCCCCUCCUCCCCCUACCCCGGCCACCCUCCCUUCCGCCACCCCGCCUGCUCUGCCUACUGCACCGCCGCCUCCGACGCCAUGGCGGACGCCGACAGCAGAAGCAACCCGCUGCUCGCCGACUUUGACUUCCCGCCCUUCGACCGCGUCGAGCCCGCGCACGUCCGUCCCGGGAUCCGCGCGCUCCUCACCCGCCUCGAGGGCGAGCUGGAGGAGCUCAAGAAGGGCGUGGAGCUAGAAUAGGACCAAAAGGACAAGUAUCAGCG